AUGAAGCGUAAGACAAACAGCAGAGAGUCAGUGGACGCCAAUGGCCAGCCCGACACCAAGAAACGGGCUCUGUCUAGCGAGGAAGUCGCGUUGCGCUUCCGCGACGGCCUGUUCGAGCCAUCCGUUCAGCAGAACUAUACCAAGGCAUACACCCAAUCUAAGCCGUACCUCCACGGUGUCAUCCACCCCCUGAUCGAGGACUCUCUCCUGCGCUCCGUCCGCAACGAAAUCCAGGAGCAUCUACACUUCACCGAAAAAGAGACGGACAUCUACAAGAUCUUCCAGUCCGGAGAUCUCGCGAACUUGGAUGGUCUAGAUGAUGGGUCAUUGUCACGGCUGCCUUCGAUCCUCAAGCUUCGCGAUGCUAUGUACUCGGCGCGCUUCCGUGAAUUCUUGUCCUCCGUCACAGGUUCUGGCAAGCUGAGUGGGCAGAAGACCGAUAUGGCCAUCAAUGUCUACAACGAGGGAUGUCACCUCCUUUGCCACGACGAUGUCAUCGGAAGCAGACGCCUUAGUUACAUUCUGUACCUGACCGACCCCGACACCCCAUGGCAAGCGGAAUGGGGUGGUGCACUCCGCCUGUAUCCUACGACGACCAAGAAGGAUGCCAAAGGCGAGGACGUCCAGGUCCCUGGGCCCGAUUAUACUCUCAGCAUCCCCCCGGCCUUCAACCAGCUUAGCUUCUUCACAGUCCAGCCCGGACAGAGUUUUCACGACGUCGAAGAGGUUUACCAUCCCGCCGAAGGCGAGGAUAAGUCCAAAAAGCGGGUCCGAAUGGCCAUCAGUGGGUGGUUCCAUAUUCCUCAGAAGGGCGAAGAUGGAUACGAAGAAGGGCUGGAGGAGAAACUCGCCGAGCGAAGCAGUCUGUCCCAGCUCCAAGGCCGCGCCGAUAUUUACGACCUGCCCCAGCCAAAGACCGUAGUCUGCGAGGACGAGCCACAACAGGAAGACGCCAAGGGCAAGGGUAAAGCCAAGGUAGAGGAAGAGCCUAGCACCACUUUCACCGAAUCGGACCUCAGCUUCCUCGUCCAAUACAUCGCUCCUUCGUACCUCACCCCAGACAUCGCAGAUGAAAUGUCCGAUGCCUUCAUCAACGAAUCUUCCCUCAAUUUGGAGCACUUCCUGUCCAAAAAGUACGCAGCAAAGGUCCGCGCCUACAUCGAAGAGCAGGAAAAGAAGGGUCUCCCAGCGUCUGCCGACGAAAUCCAGGCCUCAACAGACUGGACUGUCGCCCGACCACCCCACAAACACCGCUAUCUUUUCCAAGAGCAUUCUACAAAGGCCACGGGUGAAUCAAAACACCCUAUUCAGGAACUCAUCAAUGAUCUCUUCCCCUCAAAGCCGUUCCGGAAAUGGCUCUCCCUCAUCACUGGCUCGGACCGCAUCACUAGCUACAACUUCCUUGCUCGGCGUUUUCGUCGCAGUCAGGAUUACACCCUCGCCAACUCCUACGUCGGUGAAGAGCCCCGCCUUGAGCUCACCCUCUGCCUAACCCCGACACCGGGAUGGGAGAAGGAGGACCCCGAAGAAGAGGAGCAAGAAACCGCCGACAGUGCCGACGCCAACGGCAAACCCGAGGAAGGCUCAAGCUCAAGCUCCUCUAAGAAGCCCGCCAACGGGAAACACAAGCCAGAGUCCGAUGAGGAGAUUGCUGUCGGCGGAUACGAGAUCUAUAUGGCCGGCGAUGACGAAGAAGAAGAGAAGAACGCCGCUGAUCCGGCCAUCUACCAAUCUGCGGCGGAUGAUGAGGACGACGGAAUCCUCUUCAGUACAGCUGCUGGGUGGAACCGGCUGAGCAUUGUGCUCCGUGAUAGUGGGACGCUGAAGUUCGUCAAGUACGUCAGUGCUGCGGCGAAGGGAGAUCGGUGGGAUAUUACUGGGGAGAUGGGUGUUGAAUUUAACGACAAUGAUGAUGACGAGGACGAGGACGAGGAAGGUGGUGAAGACGAGGACGAGGAUGAAGAUGAAGAAGAUGGGAACGAGGACGAGAUGGAGGAGGAUGAAUAA